CCACAAUAACCACCUUGUAUCCUUCAACUUGAAUUUCCCUCUUCUAUUCAAACAUGCGCCGCUUCGAAAGAAUAUAAGACGUGCUUGAGCCGUCGAAGAGUAUCGGCAUGGAGGUUACCAUCCGGUGCAACUUCAUGACCGUUUCCACCAAAGGUACGAGGUGAUUGGGAAGCUGGCAUUCGGCCAGCACUCCACCGUAUGAUUUGCAAAGGAUCAUCAGAGAGACCAGCAACAGGUUGCGUUGAAAAUAUUAAAAGCUGAUGCAUCUAAAAACAAUCAGAACUCUCUAUGCUUCUUCAGAUGUCAGUGCCCGAUAUCGACCACCCUGGAAAGAGACAUGUACUUGAAUUGUACGACCACUUUCAACAUACCGGCCCAAACGGGACUCACCGUGUCUUGUUCUCCCGGUGAUGAUAUCAGACGGGACGGCGAUGACGACCAGUGGGUCUCCGCACGAUGUAGGCUACGUACGGGCGAUUUCCCGUCAGCUUCUGCUGGGUCUCGACUUCCUUCACCAGUCAGGCAUCGUCCAUUGCGAUUUGCAACCGGCGAAUAUGAUGUUUUCAGUUACCGGAACUACAAAUAUCCAAGACUUUUUGCAGCCUCCCGAGUUCAGCCCUGUGAAGUGGUUGGAAGGAACGAUAAAGGAUGACAGCCCCCCCAAAUAUUUAAUGCCGACGCAAAGGCGCCGUGGCCUGUUGGACAAUGCAAAUUGGGCAACACUGGUGGUCAGCAUUGGGGACUUGGGUGGAGCUCAGUGGAUUGGAGACUGCGAUGAAAAACCCGUCACACCGCUAGGCCUACGUGCACCUGAACUAGUCCAACAAGAUAUCUGGGAUGCCGGCAUAGAUAUCUGGUGCUUGGGCUGCUCUGUAUGCUGAAUCUCUCUCCUUCAGAGCCCCAAUUCGGUCUUUAUUCCUUACCUUAAGUUAUUCGAAUUGGCCACGAAUGAGCCACUAUUUCCUUUAGGGGUGUUUGGCCUUGCACGGCAGGAAAUAGAUACGACCACAAUGCUCUCAUUGACCAAAGGCUCUCCUCUAACGGCCAGAGCGGUGAGAACUUCACCAAAUAUCUAGGAGCUAGGCUACCUAAUUUUAAAGUUGACAUUGUGGAAAGCCUGGCAUCGUUCCUGUUGCUUAUGCUACAAAAAAGCCCUCAGAGGCGACUGUCGGCGAAAGACUUACUCAAAUCCCCUUUUGUGUUGGAUGGGCCUCAG